AUGGCAAGCCCACGAAUCCGAGACACAGCGGCCGUGGGCAGAACAAGAGCCAGGCCAGGGAGCGAGGAUGCGGCCGACGAGGGCUGGCUGGCGGAUGCGGUGGUCGAGCUGGUGGCGGCUGCCCGGGCGCGCGAUAACGAUCUCGAUGCGCUGCAGGCGCGGUUCGAGGCGGUGGCCGAGGCGGCGAGCGAGGCGGCGGGGCACGGACGGCUGCUGCAGCGGGCACAGGAGGAGAUAGCCCGCCUGGCGCACGCGGCAUGGGAGGCUGAACGCAACAGUGUCUCCACAGACGCCUACCAGCAGGCCCUCGCUCAGGCUACCGACGCCGCCGACGCCUGCGCCCGGUGGAAGGCCAUGUACGAGCAAGCCGCCGCCUCCCGCGACAAGGCAGAGACCCAGGUCGAGGAGCUGCGCAACGAGGCCGCCUCUAUGCGUGCUGCUCUUGCCGCUGCUUCGGAGGCGCUGCAAGAGUCGGCCGCAUCCGUCGCCAAGCUCAAAGUUGGCCUCGGCCGCGCCCAAGCCGAGAAUGCCGCCCUCAAGGCCGAGCUCGCCGAGGCCCACGACGUCCAGGCCACUGCACGGAUCGCCGCUCCCUCCUUGGAUGGAGCCAGCGCCAUCGGCAACAGCCAGCGCCAGCUCGAUCUCGACUCGAGGGCCGCUAGGCUGGCGGAGGAGCAGGCCGCAAGACGAGCGCGGCUGGCGGCAUCGAACCAGAGCUGA